CCCAAACCAUUGGAAGUUUGCUCUCAAACCUCCUCCUCCUCCUCCUCUAGAUUCCAUCAUGGGGUUGGUCUGCUGGUUCUGCUCCUCAAUGCCUCCCUUAUAUCUCACCCAGCUCCAAUCCCCAUACACCCUCUAAGGUUGCUUCUCAUUGUAUCAUGAAAUUCCCAUUCAUCAACCAAAUCCCACUCUCAUAACCAAAAAACAAAAACGCAGAUGCAAAUCUCCUGACGACCCAUUUCUUCAAGAUUCAAUCUUUACUGCAAUACUUUCUCCAAAUGACAAAGUCCUCAGUAACCCAGAAUGGUCAUGGUCAGAACCCACAGAGCAUCAAGAUCUGCAGACUACUCUACUUCUGGCCACAUUUCUCAACAACACCCACAAACCCUCUCAAUGACUUCUUCUUCAUCCCCCCAAUGAAGCUCUCUGUCCGCCCACUCUUCAGCCUCCUCCUCCUCCUCGUCUUCGCCGCCACUCUCAGCUGCCGCACCGCCGUCCGCCACAGUCUCAGCGUGAUAGACUUCGAGAAGAAGGCUCUCCUUCCUCCUCCGCCGCCGAAGAAGCCGGUGUUCAACGUCACUCUGCUCAGACACGCCGCCGACGAUGUGGGUGGAGCUCAGGCCAAGAAAGAGGCAGAGCAGCUUCUCGACGGCAACUUCGCUAGUCUUGGGAGGUACCGGAGCUUCGCCACGUGGAGGAGGUUUAAUCACCAUGACGUCAGGGCCAGGACGUCAGCUGGGUACCCGAUGGUGCUCCGGUCGCCGCAGUUUUAUCGGUACUGGUUGGAGUUCCGUAGGUUGUUGGGUGAUUGGUCUAGGAACAGGAGGUUUGAGCCUGAUGUCAUGUUGGAUUUGGUUGGACUUGUGAAAAAUGUGAUUGAGGGGAGGAAUGUGAGCAGUGUGGGAGGUCAGGAACAGAAGCGGUACUCGUCGUGUGCCGUGGUUGGGAAUAGUGGGAUUUUGUUGAAGAGUGAUCAUGGUGGUUUGAUUGAUAGUCAUGAGGUUGUUAUUAGGUUGAAUAAUGCCAAGAUUGAGGGAUUUGAGAGCAAAGUUGGGAGGAAGACGAAUAUUUCGUUUGUAAAUAGUAACAUUUUGCAUCUUUGUGCUAGGAGAAGUGGUUGUUUUUGCCACCCUUAUGGACAGAAUGUGCCUAUUAUUAUGUACAUUUGUCAGCCGGUGCAUUUCUUCGAUUACACUGUAUGCAAUGCGUCCCAUAAAGCGCCUCUGCUUGUGACUGAUCUUCGCUUUGAUGUGUUGAGUGCGAGGAUUGUGAAGUAUUAUUCGUUGAAACGGUUUGGGGAGGAGACGGGGAGGCCGUAUGAUGAAUGGGGGGCUGUUCAUGAUGCUGCUAUGUUCCAUUACUCUUCUGGAAUGCAAGCGAUUAUGCUUGCCUUAGGGAUUUGUGACAAAGUUAGUGUAUUUGGGUUUGGGAAGACAGAGUCAGCUAAGCACCAUUACCAUACAAAUCAGAAGGCUGAGCUUCGGUUGCAUGAUUAUGAGGCUGAGUAUGCAUUCUACCGUGAUUUAGUGAAGAGACCACAGGUAAUACCAUUCUUUUCAGACAAGUUCAAGAUUCCUCCUGUGGCUAUAUAUCAAUGACAUAUUGCCAGUUGAAUCAUGUGCUCUGGAACUAGUUGAUAGGUUACUCAGGGUGUCGAUUGUUGUAUUCUUGCUGUUUCCUAUGAACGAAAAAUUGGUGUAUGAUAGUUGUCCACUACUAUGAAACAGUCGUAGAGCAUGUUUUGUUGAUAAUAUAGUUUCAUACUUUGACCUUCUACUAUCGAAGAUAG